ACAGCACAGAGCGGACCGAGAGCAGCGAGCCGCCACCAUGGGCCUCACCAUCUCCUCCCUCUUCUCCCGGCUCUUCGGAAAGAAACAGAUGCGGAUUCUGAUGGUCGGUCUUGAUGCCGCUGGAAAAACAACAAUUCUGUACAAGCUGAAGCUCGGAGAGAUUGUCACAACCAUCCCAACAAUUGGUUUCAAUGUGGAAACUGUAGAAUACAAAAAUAUCUGUUUCACCGUCUGGGAUGUUGGUGGCCAGGAUAAAAUUCGACCCCUCUGGAGGCAUUACUUUCAGAAUACACAGGGCCUCAUUUUUGUUGUAGAUAGUAAUGACAGAGAGCAAAUCCAGGAGGCAGCAGAAGAGUUACAGAAAAUGCUUCAGGAAGAUGAGCUGAGAGAGGCAGCGUUGUUGGUAUUUGCAAACAAACAAGAUUUGCCCAAUGCCAUGGCCAUCAGUGAGAUGACUGACAAGCUGGCACUUCAGUGUCUCCGCAACAGGACUUGGUACGUGCAAGCAACAUGUGCAACUCAGGGCACAGGUCUGUAUGAAGGACUGGACUGGCUAUCUAACGAGCUUUCCAAGCGUUAACGAGUAACUUGCCUUCCACCGAGGACACAGUGUAUAGGAGUUGUCUAGGCUCGUAACAUCCAAACUAGUUCUAAAAAUGGUUUAAAGAAAUUGAAUGGGCAGCAAUCUAAGUUUCCAGGUUUCUUUUGUUGCCAUUUACUGAGUUCAUGUUGCUUUCAGGGCAAUGUGGCUAGACUUAAAGCAGAAAAUAAUAAAUCCCCCCUUAUGUGAAAGUGGUUUCUGGUUUUACUUCUCCCCCAACCCCCCCAUGCCUGGACAUAAUUAUUGUGAUGCUAUAGAAAUGAAUGCUUUUUUGGUUAUCUUUCCCUUGAAACAAACAUAAAAUGUCAUUUCCAAGUCAGUUGCAGUUCUGUGUCAAGUAGAGCUGUUACUUAUUACACACUUUGCGGACGCUUGCUUAAACCAUAUUUUGAAGAGUCCCUGAACUGCUAGUUUGACUCCUGUGUGUCAUUCCGUAGACCUUCUGCUGAACUAAAACGUAGCAUUCCAUAACUAUUUAUUUAUCAUCUACACAAAAAGGAGGUUUUUGUUAUUUCUUUUAAAUAUGUAUAAUUUUGCUGAUGCCAGCGGGGAACACAAAAAACACUAUCAAACUACCUACACCGAUUCUCAUUUCUUGUAACCAAGUCGGAAAGCCAGGCUCCCCCCCUUUUUUUUUUUCUUU